AGACUGUUAUUUUUGGGCUAGUCGCCAACGGUCUUACAAAUCCCACUAUAUAUUGUUAAAUUAAUCAUAUUUACGACAAUCUAAAUGUAAGCGAAACGAAAUGUGCAAUUGGGCCGAGAAGUAAACAGCAACAUGAAACUGAGGGUAUAUGAAAACGGAGCCUACGAAAAACCUUACUGAACACGAAUUUUGCCGUCAUCGAACUCAAACCCCAAAACUCGGAAAACCCUCAAAACAUUCUUGUUUCAGGGGCAAAGGGUGCAUUCAAUCGGAACUUCAAGACCCGGGCGGCAGCUUCAGAAACAAAUAAAAUUAAGCAAAGUAACAGCAACCACAGCAUCAAACACUUCGUCACCCACGCGAAAAAAGCUUAAGACAUUCCAAAAAAAUGAAAACGUAACCGCCAGAGCAGCGGCAAAAACAAAAACCGAAACAGUAGGCAGCUGUCCAUCUUGGGUUAUAAACACUUGGCCGUAUUUUGGAGGGCGGCCGGUUCAAGUCACUCUGGAUCAGCCGCAGGAUAUGGAAGUGGAUGCGCCACCAGCGCAGCAAACCAGCGUCAAUCAUCUCCAGAAUCACCAGCACCACCAUCAUCAGCUGUACCCCCAUCUGCAGCACCAGAUCUCGCCCAGCGCCUACCACUCGGAGUCGUCAAUGAAUUUCGAUUAUUUGCAAGACCUGAGGGCCGGCGCCAUGGCCUCCUCAUCCACGUCGGGAUCCGGAGGAGGAGGCGGCGGUGGCAAUGGCGGGAGUGGCUCCUACGGACUCGUCGACGACAGUAGAGCCCUGGACAGACCAUAUAACGCCAGCGAGAGAUUCGUUAACAUACUCGACCAGUUGGAUGCACGGGUGGAGAAACUGCGAAAGGAUGCACUCAACUUGCAGGAGAAGAAAGACUACCUCUUGAUGUCCAUGGAUUUGAUCAAGAGCAACGAAAUGAUGCAGAACAUGAGCGAGGCCGAACGCGAGGAGAUCAUGUUGUACAUUCAGCGAGUUAGCUCACGUUUGGGCACCGUGGAGCUGAAUGUGCGCACUGUGCGCGACAACUCGCAGGAGGACUCCCUCAGCCAGAUAAAUGCUUUGAUCGACACUAUGAUCAAAAUGGGCGAUCCCGUGAUCGCGCGCCAACGUUGCCAGUUGUACUUAAAUGCCUGCUGCAGCAGCUCGAUGGAUCCAUCCGGACAAAUGGACACACUGCCUGAGGCGGAUUUGGGACCCGUCGAUAAGAAAUUUGAGAGCGUUCUGCUCGGCUGCACCCUGGACGAUCAGAAGAACAUUAAGAAGCGGCUACAAGCCUUAAUGGGUUAUUUGAAUAAGCAAACUGUUAACCAUUAAUUUAAUUGUUUUUGGUCCAUUAACUAUUCAUAGCAUAAUCAACAAACCAAACGAAUUACAUCACCAAGCCAGACGAAACGAAUAAUAAACAAAACAUAUACACAA